AUGGUUUAUGGUAAGGCAUGUCAUUUACGUGUAGAAAUAGAGCACAAAGCUUUGUGGGCUCUACGUUUCUUUAAUAGAGAUGACAGCCUAGCAUUCAAGAAAAGGAAAGAACAACUCCACGAGCUAGAAGAGUUCAGGCUAAGACUUUUCCCAGGUAAACUAAAAUCUAAAUGGUCAGGACCAUUCAUGGUCAAGGAAGUCAAACCAUAUGGAGCCAUUGUCAUUGAUGAUAGCAAAACUAAAGAGAUUUGGACGGUCAAUGGAGAAAUAUUGAAAGUUUACCUUGGAGGAGAAUUUGAUCGGGAAUUAUUGAAGUUUAGACGUAAAGACGAAGAAACACGCAUGUGUAGAGCUGCUAGAGAGGAAGAAUCAUAA